GCCAGAAGUAAUUAAAGGGGUGAAUAUCAUGGAAUGAUGUAGGGUGUAUUGCACGGAGAACACAUGAUUCUAAGCCGGCAGAUUUCAAUCAACAGUUUUAUCGACACAUGGUGCGGGUAACCAGGCCAUGGCGCUGAGCCUUGCUGCGCUGCGCCGACGACACAUCCUCUUCGUUCUCAUCCUAGUCUUCAUUCCGUGCAGCAUCUUCGUGCUGUUUUCUCAGCCAGAUAUGACUCAGGAACAAGCUGUGGUGCAGAGGAUAGCAGAGUUACAGUUGAAGUUGCAGCAUCUGGAAGCCAUGUACAGAGAGAGGGAAGAAGAUGUGCACGUGCUGACACAGCAACUAGGUCAGCUGCUGAUGGAGACGGUACCUCCUGGUGGUAACCUCAGCACUUCACUGCCUCUGCAGCUUAGUCCUGAGGCUCGUACAUUGCUGAGGAACAUGACAGGACUGAAGCCAGGUGGAGGAGAUGCUGCUCAAGUGCUGAGACUACCCUCUGCGUACCACUUCCUGCCACAUCUACUGCUGAGUCCAUCCAGUCUACGGCCUGCUAUCAGCAUAUCCAGGGGACGGUCUGGAGUGUCUGUCGUGCUGGGGAUCCCCACAGUCAAGAGAGAAGUCCAAAGCUACUUGUUGGCAACCUUGCAGAACAUCCUGGAUAGUAUGACACAGGAAGAGGAAGAGGAUGUCGUCAUUGUGGUCUUCAUAGCUGAGACUGAUGAAGAAUAUGUAAAUCAAGUUGCAAAUGAAGUUAGAGACCACUUUGUAGAGGAGGUGGAGACUGGGCUGAUAGAGAUCAUUGCUCCUACAGCAUCCUACUACCCAGACUGGAACAGCCUGAGGGUUACUCUUGGGGACUCCAAGGAAAGGGUGAAGUGGAGAUCCAAGCAGAACCUAGACUUUGCCUUCCUGAUGAUGUAUGCCCAACCCAAGGGUAUGUUCUACAUACAACUGGAGGAUGAUAUUUUGGUCAAGCCACAGUUUGUUACUACAAUGAAGACUAUUGCUCUGGAGCGAAUAGCCAACAAGCAACAGUGGUUCGUCUUAGACUUUUGCCAGCUGGGUUUCAUAGGUAAAAUGUUUCGCUGUGUUGAACUACCUUGGCUAAUCCAGUUCUUCUUCAUGUUCUACAAUGACAAACCUGUGGAUUGGCUGCUAGACCAUGUCAUCCACACAAAGGCUUGCAACUUAGAAAAAGACAAUAAACAAUGCAAGAAAGACAAAGAAGAACUUUGGAUUCACUAUAAACCCUCGUUGUUUCAACAUAUUGGUACUUACUCCUCUCUGAAGGGGAAGGUACAAAAGCUCAAGGAUAAGCAGUUUGGUAAGGUGAAUCUGUUCACUCCACACAGCAACCCCGAUGCCGAGGUGGCUACAGAGAUCAAGGCAUACAAGCAGUACACUCUCAAGCGAGCAUAUGAGGGUGAGACGUUCUUCUGGGGCCUUUUACCACAGCCAGGCGACCACCUAGUCUUCUCCUUCAAGGCGCCACUUUAUAUUAAAAAAUAUGUGUUCCGCAGCGGAAACGCUGAACAUCCGUCUGACAAACUUUACAACACCACAGUGGAAGUGUCACCAGUGAGGAUGCCGGCAAACUACGACACUUACAACACUACUUCAGAUGGUUACGUCAUUAUAGGCAAGUUUGACAAUUUGGGGGUUGCAGAGGGUAUAGUUCCUAGGAUUCUUGGGCCCAUCAAACACCUGAGAUUAACUGUUCAUAGCGAAACAGAAAACUGGGCCAUUCUCAGUGAGAUAUCCAUCACCCCAGAUCUAGGCAGAUGACACCACAUGACUGGCUACAGACGCCCUCAUUCUUGAUGUGCCAUCUUGACAACAACCAUCUCAACGGCUUUUCAACUUAAUAACUAAGGGUCUGCGGGUCUUUGAUAUUUUUGGGUAGGGCCAAAAGUUAGCUCAAGCAGUUGGUUGGGGCGGGUCAAGCUUUGGUCGAGUCGAGUACUUCUUUUCGUGAAAGCAUCUUCGAAGAUGCGCGAUAGAAAAUUUACAAUUUCUCUGUGAUCUUGGAAGAUGUUCACAAUUUCUCAUUGAUUGUAGAAGAUGAUGUUCAUGAUGUGGUUUGACCCCAUAAGAUUGUCAAAAUUUUGUCAGGUACAGAGAAAAUAUUGACGAUUGAUGAUAUAGGGAAUAACAAGUUCAAUAUUUUAUAAGCCAAAUGAAGCACUACAAAUAAUUAACUAAUGUUUAAAAAAAAUUAAAAAAGAGCUAUACUAAAACCAAAGUUUUUCUUUGGCUAAAAAUGAAAGCUAGUAAAAUAGUUAAAUUCAACUCACUCUCAUUAUUUUUUUUAUAUUUUAUUGUGAAUUUUCCAGACUGGGAAUAAGCUAUUUGUUCUUCACAAUUGAUCCCCUUAACCCGAGAGCCAAAAUUGUCAAACCGACCCGACCCAAAGUAAAAAGUCCUGGCCCGCAGACCCCUAUUGAAAAUGUGAUUAAUAUAAUAAUUUAAGAAUCGUAACUGAAAUUUUAUAUUUUUACUACGCUGCUAAGCAGCAAGGUCAGACGGAGCCGAACGUGCCACGCUUCUUGUAUAAAAUGUCGUUAUAAGCUGCUAGUCUGAUAUAGCCAUAGUUUAGUGUUGAACUCCGGUAGUAUUUUAGUUUGUGCACAUGAAAAAAAGGCUGUGAUGUACAUAUAUUAUUUAAUUAUGUUAAGCAUUUAGGUUAGGUUUUAUUUUAUUGAUUAAGCCUUUUAAUGAUAUUAAUAUUAAUAUAUUUCAAACGUUUUAUGUAUUGUGAUAUAAUUAUUCAGAAUGUUUAGCCUAAGUUUACUGUGAGUUCUGUGAGAUAUUAGGUUACCAUUUGAAACAUCACUUGUUAUUUAAUAACGGUGUAUCAUAGAUACUUAGUCUAAUAUUUUACAAUAAUAAUAUUUAUAUACACUAAUUCAAUAUAGUCUCUAUUCAAGGUUUAUUAUUUAAAUUAAUAUCAUUUAUCUAUUAAUUUAACAAAAAAAAAUUAUAAUUCUGCAAAAAAUAUAUUUUUGAAAUAUCUUAAAGUAGUGCAGAACUUAGGAAUUUUCUUUGAGUUCAAAAUAAACUUUUAUAUACUAAAAGUAGAUCAUCAUGUUGACCAUUAUGACUAUUCUAUAAGAUAAUAAGAUUUACAAAAAGUGUAUGUAUAAAAAACUGAUGUCCACAAUAAUUGAAGUGGACUUAUCAGUCUAAAUUUUAUAUAUUAUAUCUUACGAUCAGUCCCUUUGUUCUACAUCUUUGGCUAUUAUCAAUAUAACAGCACUUAAAUAUAUUAUACAGGGUG